GAUUCUGACCAUGGUACGAGGCAGCGGCGCUGUCCGAAGACCUGGGGUGUUCAGAGGGCCGUGCAAACUGGACUAAAUGCUCAGGGUGAGCUUGUCGGCCACAGACUGUUACAUCGUGCACGAGAUCUACAAUGGGGAGAACGCCCAAGACCAGUUUGAGUACGAGCUGGAGCAGGCCCUGGAAGCCCAGUACAAGUACAUCGUGAUCGAGCCCACGCGCAUCGGCGACGAGACUGCCCGCUGGAUCACCGUGGGCAACUGCCUGCACAAGACCACCGUGCUGGCCGGCACCGCCUGCCUCUUCACCCCGUUGGCGCUGCCCUUAGAUUACUCCCACUACAUCUCCCUGCCCGCAGGCGUGCUCAGCCUGGCCUGCUGCACCCUCUACGGCAUCUCCUGGCAGUUUGACCCUUGCUGCAAGUACCAAGUGGAGUACGACGCCUAUAAACUGUCCCGCCUGCCCCUGCACACACUCACUUCGUCCACCCCGGUGGUGCUGGUCCGGAAGGACGACCUGCACAGAAAGAGACUGCACAACACGAUAGCACUCGCCGCCCUGGUGUACUGUGUAAAGAAGAUUUACGAACUCUAUGCCGUAUGAUUUCAGUAGAACAGGGAGAGAAGCAAUCGGCCCGGCCCACGAGAGACCACAGAGUGUUCAGAUUUGCCACAGUAACAGGUUUUUGCUCUGUGAGGCGGCGGCGGAGCCUGGGAAGGUGUUUGGUUUAAUAUCUGUUAUUUUAAAAAAAUAACACAGGUCACAGGCGUACCAAGGGUUUUUCAACUCCUUACACUAAGAUGUGGAUUUCCAUAACCCACAGGGGGUCCGAGUGGUGGAAGUCUGGGAAGACCGGGCGGUGCGCGUUGGCGGCACGGCUGCCGAGGGGAUGUGAAUGCGCUUGCGGGGGGCGGGGGGAGGUCUUUAAGUAUAUUGUUUAACUGUACCAUCCAGAGCCAACCAGAAGCUAUUGACCAUUAAAAUUAUGAGAAUU